AUGGAGUUAUUGAGGAAUUUGAGAUCUGGGAUUGUUGUUUUGGUUGAAGAAGAUAUGGGUAGCUCUGGGGAGAGAGUUGUUGCUGUCAUCAUGGUUGGUGGACCUACUAAAGGUACUAGAUUCAGGCCAUUGUCAUUGAAUAUUCCAAAGCCUCUUUUCCCUUUAGCUGGACAACCAAUGGUUCACCAUCCAAUCUCUGCUUGUAAAAGGAUUCCAAACUUGGCACAGAUUUAUCUUGUUGGUUUCUACGAGGAACGAGAGUUUGCUUUGUAUGUUUCCUCAAUCUCCAAUGAGCUGAAAGUUCCUGUAAGAUAUUUACGGGAAGACAAGCCACAUGGUUCUGCUGGUGGGCUUUAUAACUUCAGAGAUCUAAUCAUGGAAGACAGCCCGGUGCUAGCAUUUUUUGGAGAUACAGAUGGAUGUCUUUUUUCCACUCCCAGAAAUGCUUGCAGAAGCACUAAUUGCCGUAUUUCACCUACAAUGUUUGCAGAGGCCCACAGAACAUAUGGUGGGAUGGGAACUAUCCUCGUAAUCAAGGUCUCUGCUGAGUCAGCCAGCCAGUUUGGGGAAUUGGUAGCUGAUCCUGACACCAAUGAGUUGUUGCAUUAUACAGAGAAGCCCGAAACUUUUGUAAGUGACCGGAUAAAUUGCGGUGUUUAUGUGUUUACACCAGAAAUAUUCACAGCCAUCCAGGAUGUUUCUUCUCAACGGAAAGACAGAGCCAAUCUGAGACGAGUUUCCAGCUUCGAAGCCCUCCAAUCAGCUACAAGGUAUGUCCUCACUCAUGAGCAUUACUCCAUUACUGAACACGCCCCAAUAUUUACCACGACUUCCUGCCCUGAUGCAAGUUCCCUUAACAGGAGUCUUCCAACAGAUUUUGUAAGAUUGGAUCAGGAUAUCCUGUCACCCCUUGCAGGAAAAAAGCAGCUAUAUACAUAUGAGACCAUGGACUUCUGGGAACAAAUUAAAACUCCUGGGUAG